AUGGGGCAUUCCAGAUUCGCACGUUUGGCAAAUAAGACAUUUCAAAAUUCAAUAUUUUUACAGUUUUUUGUAAGUACAUUUGUUGUAUGUAGUGAAAAUAUAAGUACAAGUAUUUUUAAUACAAAUUGGCCUAUGUUAUCAAUUGAUAAUAAAAAAAUAUUUGCCAUCAUAAUGAUGAUUGUUCAAAAACCAAUAAUUUAUACAAGUCGAUAUUUUGUUACUCUAUCACUCAAUGAUUUUCUUCGUCUUUUAAAAUUGUCAUAUUCAUUACUAAGUAUUCUUAGAAAUUAUUGA